AUGAACACGAACCCAAUUGAUGAGAAAGAGGUGGGAGAUGUUGUGCACGAGGAGCAUUACAAAGCUUCUACGCUUGCAAAUUCGCAUGUUGUCCAGCAAAAGAGUCCAUCCGAAAAACGUCUUUUGCUCAAAGCAGACUUUUUGAUUUUGCCUCUCGCUGCGUUUGGUUAUUUUGCAGCCUAUAUGGAUCGUAAUAACUUUGGAAAUGCGAAAAUAAUGGGGUUUACAACAGAUCUAGGCUUGUCACCAGAUGAGUAUUAUAGUUGUCUUACCAUUUUUUAUGUCGGAUACAUGGUUUUCAUGUUGCCAGUCAACCUGUCACUGCGUAAGCUAAAAGCCAAUCGAUCCAUUGGUAUUGCUGUUGUACUGUUUGGCGUCGUAAUGUGCUGCCUUUCUGUCGCCAAAUCUUUCUCGGCAGUUAUGGGGCUACGAUUUCUUCUCGGUGCAGGUCAGUCCUUUAUUCAGGGGUUAACAAUUUACACUUCUCUUUGGUACCGAAGAGAUGAAUUAGGCACAAGGUCAGCCAUAUAUUACUCUUGUGCCACUCUUUCUGGCGCAUUUGGUGGUCUCAUCGCUUACGGCAUCGAGCUUAAUCUAUCUUAUGAAUCAAGUGGACGUUAUUCUUGGUCGUGGCUUUUCUUGGUAGAAGGUGUGAUAGCCAUUGGUGCCGGACUAUUUAUCGUGGCAUUUCUUCCUAGAAUGCCGGAUGAUCUCCAGCGUGGAAAUAGUCGCCACUGGUUAUUCACUAAAGAAGAAAUCGAUCUCGCAGCGGAGCGUCAGGCAUCAUACAAUCAGACUGACGCCAAGUUUGAACCGAGGCAACUUCUCGAUGCCAUGACGGAUAUCAAAACCCUAUGGUUUGGGCUAAUACAAGGAGCAAAUGUGCUCGGACUGGCUGUCGUUGGGAACUUCUUACCAACGUUUAUCAAUGGAUUUGGUUUCAACCCUAUUCGGACCCAGCUGUUUGGUAUUAUACCCUACGCCUGUGCUUUCGUGGCUUGUGUCACCAUCGGUAUCAUAUCCGAUAGGGUGAAUAGCAAGGCGCCAUUUCUGCUGCUUACUUCCUCCUUGGCCGUUCUAGGAUACACUCUGCUGCUAGCCACCACAUCUACUGUCGUUGGUAUAUUCGCUGCCUGCCUGAUAACGGCUAGUUGUUAUACCGGUGUGGUGCUAUUGCCUGUGUGGAUUGUCAUCAACACUGCUGGAUACACUAAACGCAGCUGUGUAUGGGCGACCUCAGAGGUAUUCGCAAUGACCUUUUCCAUAAUGGCAACUCGCAUAUACGAUAACCCCCCACGUUACGUAAAAGGUCACUCGAUUGUUUUGGCGUUCAAUGUGCUUGCUUGGUUUUGUAUUGUAUUUUGUGCGCUAUGGAUGAGGUAUCUGAAUAGAAAGAAAGACCGGAUUGAGUCCGAGUAUACUGAACGUGGAGAGGUUCAUCCGCACAAUGGUGGGCAGCUUACCCUGGAGGAUCUACAAGACAAUCAUAUCUCGUUCAGAUAUAUUGUUUGA